AUGGGGCCUGCUUCAGGUCCCAGCCUGCUGCUGCUACUGCUGACCAGUCUCCCCUUGGCCCUGGGGGACAGCAUGUUCUCCAUCAUCACCCCCAACAUCCUGCGGCUGGAGAACGAGGAGACAGUGGUGCUGGAGGCCCACGAUAGCGCAAGUGACGUCCCUGUCAAGGUUAUGGUAUACGACUUCCCGGGCAAGAAGCAGGUGCUGUCCAGCAAGGAAACCGUGCUGAACAAAGCCAACAGCUACCUGAGCACCGUCACCAUCAAGAUCCCGGCCAGCAAGGAGCUAAAAUCACAGAAGGGGAACAAGUUUGUGACUAUCCAGGCAGAAUUUGAUAAAACUGUGGUGGAGAAGGUGGUGCUAAUCAGCCUUCAGAGCGGGUAUCUCUUCAUUCAGACGGACAAGACCAUCUACACCCCAGGCUCCACAGUCCUCUAUCGGAUCUUCACUGUCGACCACAAUCUGCUGCCCGUGGGCCGGACGGUUAUCGUCAGCAUUGAGACCCCCGAAGGCAUUCCCGUCAAGAGGGACACCCUGUCUUCUCAAAACCACUUUGGCAUCUUGCCCUUGUCUUGGAAUAUCCCGGAGCUGGUCAACAUGGGGCAGUGGAAGAUACGAGCCCACUAUGAAGAUUCCCCAGAGCAGGUCUUCUCCACUGAGUUUGAGGUGAAAGAAUAUGUGCUGCCCAGUUUCGAAGUCCAAGUGGAACCUGCAGAGAAAUUCUACUACAUUGAUGACCCAAAGGGCCUGGAGGUCACCAUUACAGCCAGGUUCCUAUACGGGAAGAAUGUGGAAGGAACAGCGUUCGUCAUCUUCGGGGUCCAGGAUGGUGACCAGAGGAUUUCACUUGCCCAGUCGCUCACCCGUGCUGUGAUCGAUGAUGGCACUGGGGUGGCUGUGCUGAGCCGAGAGGUCCUGCUGAAUGGGGUGCAGCCCUCUGGAGAGGAUGCCCUUGUGGGAAAGUCAUUGUACGUGUCGGUCACCGUCAUCCUGCACUCAGGCAGCGACAUGGUGGAGGUGGAGCGCAGCGGGAUCCCCAUCGUGACUUCCCCCUACCAGAUCCACUUCACCAAGACGCCCAAGUUCUUCAAACCCGCCAUGCCCUUUGACCUCAUGGUGUUUGUGACGAACCCCGACGGCUCCCCAGCCCGCCACAUCCCCGUGGCGACUCAGGACUCCACCCAAGGGCAGUCUCUGACCCAAGAUAAUGGCGUGGCUAAGCUGACCAUCAACACCCACAGGAGCUCCCAGCCCCUGUCCAUCACUGUACGCACAGUGAAGGAGGGCAUCCCAGAGGCACGACAGGCCACCAACAAAAUGCAGGCCCUGCCCUACAGCACGAUGGGCAACUCCAACAACUACCUGCACCUCUCUGUGCCCCGAGUGGAGCUCAAGCCAGGCGACACGCUCCACGUCAACUUUCACCUGCGAAUGGACCCUGGCCAGGAUGCCAAUAUCCGAUACUACACCUACCUGGUCAUGAACAAGGGGAAGCUCUUGAAGGUGGGACGCCAGGUGCGAGAGGCCGGCCAGGACCUGGUGGUGCUGCCUCUGACCAUCACGCCAGACUUUAUCCCUUCCUUCCGCCUGGUGGCCUAUUACACGCUGAUCACCAGAGGCCAGAGGGAGGUGGUGGCCGAUUCCGUGUGGGUGGAUGUCAAGGACUCGUGUGUGGGCAAGCUGGUGGUGAAAAGUGCCCUGAAGGAGGAGAAGCAGCAGCAUCUACCUGGACAACAGAUAUCGCUCAAGAUCGAGGGCAACCAGGGGGCUCGAGUGGGGCUCGUGGCCGUGGACAAGGGCGUGUUUGUGCUGAAUAAGAAGAACAAGUUGACUCAGAGUAAGAUCUGGGACACAGUGGAGAAGGCAGACAUUGGCUGCACACCGGGCAGUGGAAAGGACUAUGCGGGCGUCUUUACGGACGCAGGGCUGGCCUUCCAGACCAACAAAGGCCUGAAGACAGAACAGAGGUCAGAUAUGUCGUGCCCGAAACCAGCCACCCGGCGCCGCCGCUCGGUGCAGCUCAUGGAGAAGAGGAAGGACAAAGCGGGACAGUACCCGGACAAGGAGCUGCGUAAGUGCUGCGAGGACGGCAUGCGGGAGAACCUCAUGAAGUACUCGUGCCAGCGCAGGGCGCAGUACAUUCUCCAGGGCAAGGCCUGCGUAAGCGCCUUCCUCGACUGCUGCAACUACAUCACCCAGAUGCGGAUCCAGCACCUCAAGAAGGGGAACCUGGGGCUGGCCAGGAGUGACCUGGAUGAGGAUAUCAUUCCAGAAGAAGACAUCGUUUCCCGAAGCCAGUUCCCUGAGAGCUGGCUGUGGACCAUCGAGGACUUAAAGGACCCAGAGAAAAAUGGAGUCUCCUCGAAGACCAUGAAGGUGUUUUUGAAAGACUCCAUCACCACCUGGGAGAUUAUGGCUGUGAGCUUGUCAGACAAGAAAGGGAUCUGCGUGGCUGACCCCUAUGAGGUGACAGUGAUGCAAGAUUUCUUCAUCGACCUGCGGCUGCCCUACUCCGUGGUGCGUAACGAGCAGGUGGAGAUCCGAGCCGUUCUCUACAACUACCGAGAAGCAAAUACGCUCAAGGUGAGGGUAGAAAUGCUCUACAACCCAGCCUUCUGCAGCGUGGCCACUGCCAAGAAGCGUCACCAGCAGGUUCUGUCAAUCCCUCCCAAGUCCUCGGUGGCCGUGCCUUAUGUCAUUGUGCCCCUGAAGAUCGGCCUGCAGGAGGUAGAGGUCAAGGCCACCGUCUAUGAGUUCUUCAUCAGCGAUGGUGUAAGGAAGACCCUGAAGGUCGUGCCAGAAGGAAUCAGAAUGAACAAAACUGUGACCGUUCGCACGCUGGAUCCACAAAAGCUGGGCCAGAACGGUGUGCAGCGUGAGGAAAUCGAGGCUGCAGACCUCAGCGACCAAGUCCCAGACACAGAGUCGGAAACCAGGAUCCUCCUGCAGGGGACCCCGGUGGCCCAGAUGGCAGAGGAUGCCAUCGAUGGGCAGCGGCUACAGCACCUCAUUGUGACCCCCUCGGGCUGCGGAGAGCAGAACAUGAUCGGAGUGACGCCCACUGUCAUCGCGGUGCACUACCUGGACUACACUGAACAGUGGGACAAGUUUGGCUUUAACAGGCGGCAGGAGGCCCUGGACCUCAUCAAGAAGGGGUACACGCAGCAGCUGGCCUUCAGACAGAACAACAAGGCCUUUGCGGCCUUCCUUCACCUGCCAUCCAGCACCUGGCUGACAGCCUAUGUGGUCAAGGUCUUCUCUCUGGCUGCCAACCUCAUCGCCAUUGACUCCGAAGUCCUCUGUGGGGCUGUCAAGUGGCUGAUCCUGGAGAAGCAGAAGCCUGAUGGAGUCUUCCAGGAGGAUGGGCCCGUGAUACACCAAGAAAUGAUUGGUGGCUUCAGGCAUGCUGAGGAGAAAGAUGUAGCCCUCACUGCCUUCGUUCUCAUCGCACUGCAGGAGGCUAAAGAUAUUUGCGAGGGACAGGUCAACAGCCUUCAGGGCAGCAUCAAUAAGGCCGGAGACUUCCUUGAAUCCCACUACGAGAACUUGAAGAGACCAUAUACUGUGGCCAUUGCUGGCUAUGCCCUGGCCCAGUUGGGCAAGCUGGAGGGUCCCCUCCUCCACAAAUUUCUGAGCACAGCCACAGAAAAGAACCGCUGGGAGGAGCCUGGCCAGAAGCUCUACAAUGUGGAGGCCACGUCCUAUGCCCUGUUGGCUCUGCUGCUGCUCAAAGACUUUGACUCUGUGCCUCCUGUUGUGCGCUGGCUCAACGAGCAGAGAUACUACGGAGGUGGCUAUGGCUCCACCCAGGCCACUUUCAUGGUGUUCCAAGCCUUGGCCCAAUACCAGAGGGACGUUCCUGACCACAAUGAACUGAAUCUGGAUGUGUCCAUUGACCUGCCCAGCCGCAGCUCUACAGUCACACACCGCAUCCUCUGGGAAUCCGCUAGCCUCCUGCGAUCAGAAGCGACCAAGGAAAAUGAGAAUUUCUCAUUAACAGCUAAAGGGAAAGGACAAGGCACCUUGUCGGUGGUGACAAUGUACCAUGCCAAGAUCAAAGACAGUGCCCCCUGCAAAAAGUUCAGCCUCAGGGUUAACAUACGACCAGCCCCUGAAGUCAAAAAGCCUCAGGACGCCAAGGAUACCAUGUUCCUCGACAUCUGUACCAAGUACCUAGGAGACCAGGAUGCCACUAUGUCCAUCCUGGAUAUAUCCAUGAUGACUGGCUUUGCUCCUGACAUUGGCGACCUCAAGCAGCUGACCACUGGCACUGACAGAUACAUCUCUAAGUUCGAGUUGGACAACAAGGCCUUCUCCAACAAGAACACCCUCAUCAUCUACCUGAACAAGAUCUCACACCAACUGGAGGACUGUCUAUCCUUCAAAGUUCACCAGUUCUUUAAUGUGGGGCUGAUCCAGCCGGGGGCAGUCAAGGUGUACUCCUAUUACAACCUGGAUGAGACUUGUACCCGGUUCUACCACCCGGAGAAGGAAGACGGAAUGCUGAGCAAACUCUGCCACAAUGAAAUGUGCCGCUGUGCUGAGGAGAACUGCUUCAUGCAGCAUAUGGAGGACAAGGUCACUCCGGAAGACCGGCUGGACAAGGCCUGCGAGCCGGGAGUGGACUAUGUGUACAAGACCAAGCUGCACAGGAAGGAGCUGUCGGAUGAUUUUGACGAGUACAUCAUGGUCAUCGAGCAGGUCAUCAAAUCAGGCACCGAUGAGGUGUUGCCUGGAGGGGAGCGCACGUUCAUCAGUCACAUCAAGUGCAGAGACGCCCUGAAGUUGCAGGAGGAGAAAUACUACCUCAUAUGGGGCCUGUCCUCGGACCUGUGGGGAGAAAAAUCCAACAUCAAGUACAUCAUUGGGAAGGACACCUGGGUGGAGCUGUGGCCCGAAGCGGACGAAUGCCAGGACGAGGAGAACCAGGCAGUGUGCCGGGACCUGGCCAGCUUCACAGAGAACAUGGUCGUGUUUGGCUGUCCCAACUGA